AUGUGCAGGCAGAUGAUCGCAGGGCAGCCUCUGCUGGACGCCACGUGUCGAAUUCCCGUUGGCGGAUGGCACGUCACUGACUACCUGAAGCGCCUUCUCACUCUGCUCUACCCUCAACACGCAUCUGUAAUAACGUGGGAGAAAGCAGAGGAGAUGAAGUGCAGGAGCGUGUAUGUGGCCAUCGACUACUCGCAGGAGCUCAAGACAUUCCAGUCCCCAGACGCCCCGGUAGUUUCCUGGCAGCUUCCGUGGGUGGCGCCCGUGGCUCCCCAGGGGCCAUCGGAAGAGGAGGUGGCGAGGCGGGCGGCCAACAAGGAGCGCAAAACCACCAGCUCGUCAUCGGCCAAAUCAGCAGCUGCCACGUCGUCACAUGCGGACAGCAAGGCAGAAGCAGUCCCCUCCUCCCCAUCCUCCCCCUCUUCCCCCUCCUCCUCCCCGUCCUCCUCACUCCCCUUCAAGUCCAAGCCCCCUCUCCCUCCCGAGCACUACCUGCUGACGUGGCGCCAGCUGAAAGAGAACAAUUUUCCCCUGCCCGUGACGGCGGGCAGCAAGGGGCGAGACGGGCAGGAUGGGAAAGAGGCUGCCCGGAAAGCAGGCGGCAGCAUCUCACUUGCUGAUGGCUCGGCUGUUCCCCCUCCAGGUCAGAUUGCAAUCAUUCCAGGGUAUGUUAUGACGCGACCAUGGGGUGAGGUGAAGAGGAGAGGGAAGCAGGAAGAGGGGACAGGCAAGGAGCGGCCGAGGGGGUAUCAUCGCUUGGUUGCUGUUGACUGUGAAAUGUGCAACACCCACAAGGGUCUGGAGCUCACCCGCCUCACGCUGCUGGAUGCUCACGGCAAGGUGCUAUUAGACGAGUUGGUGAAGCCUGAGAGCCCCAUCACCAACUACAACACGCAGUUCUCCGGCAUAACGCCUCAGAUGCUGGCAGGAGUGACAACCACGCUGCAGCAGGCACAG